GAAGAAUUCGGAGUGAGCUUCAAAUUUUCAAAAUUUGUUCUGGACGACAGCACGGCUGGGACGUCAGAAGUCGAGGAACUAGAAAAACAACUCGAAGUUCAAUCCUCCAUCAUUGAAGCUUCCAAGACACUGCUGUCGCAGGCCAACACUCGCAGACUGAAGAAAGAUAGAAAGAAGGAGAUCCGAGAUGCCCUGGAGCGCUACCAGGCUCUCGAGGACAAGCUGCAGCAGAUGAAGAGGAGGGGGAUCGGCGGGGGCGGGGCGUCGACUUCACGGUUUCAUGUUGAAUCUCCCAUCGAGGCCCACACUACGGCAGCGGUACCGGGUUCUGUUCUGGGUGGAUCCAGAAUGGGACACAGUGGAGGGAGCGUUGACGACACAAUGAUUGCCAGUCUCAUCUGGGACUCCCCCUCACACCCCGCCCCCCAUGACCCCGCCUCUACCAGCGGACUCCAGAAAUCCCCUCUUCACAAGAGUACAUCCGCUCUCACCGACCUCCAGGACGUUCCCAUGACAACGUCGACUCUGGGGGCUCACGUUAAUUACCAGGGGCAUCCCCAUUUAGCUCCGCAUAAUUCUCGGGAGUAUCACAAUCGCAGCACGUCGUAUCGCCCGCCGGAGGACAUGUUUUCUCCUCCUCCUCUCACCCCUGUUUCCGCAGGUCUCGCUGCUCCCCCACGCAACCACGGAGGUCUGCCGGAAUUUGACCUCACUGACGAAAUAUUCCAGCAUUUCUCAGGGCGUUCCCGUAGAGACGUGACUCCGCCCACCACUGCUCGUCACGACUACCACCUUUCUCCGCGCCAGACGUCCGGCCCAGAACUGCGCACCCAUUUCCCUCUCCCUCCCCAUUUCUCCUCGUCCCCCAUCAAACGAACCUCGUCCCCAGAUAUCGGAACUCGUCAUCUCCAUGGCGACCAGCGGGCACGGUCAAACAGUCCAGAUAUGUACCUCCCAACCCCCGAACACUAUCACUAUCGGCAACAACAACAACAACAACAACCAACGGCACACUCUUACUCCAACUCAUAUCACUCGGGGGGAACCCCUAGUCGUAAUGCUCAUUCCAAUCCACCCUCUCGGCCCGGUUCCGGUAGCAAGGGUAAUUACCGGUCUGGAAUGAUAGGGGCAAACCCUCAGUCAGCCGUCACCAGUCCACCCUGGUACGAUGGAACGGGAAUGAGUCACCAGCAUCACCAGCAGCACCACACACACCAUCACAAACCUCACACUGAAAGCACGAAUCGUACUUCUCACCGGGAAGAGGGCGGGGCCUAUCGCCAGGGGCAACAGCAUCAGCACAGCUCGACUAAACCGGCGGCGGUCCCAAUGCCGAGGCGAAGAAAUGAAGAAACAGCAGAGAUCCAGGAGUUCCUUCACGACCUCGCCAAACGAGAAACUAACCCUUUUAAUGAUGGGGGAACCCUGGUCUAA